AUGCUCGCAAGCUUCACAGCGCUCCACACCAUUCCAAUACAGACCCUUAGCCCCGUUCUUGCGUCGAGCGGAAGCAACCUCCUGCGUCAGCUGGUGCGCCAGCGCUCGCGACCUCGCCGACCCAGAACACCGACGCCGAUGGGUGCGUCAUGGAGCUCAUUCGCCGGCGGUGCUAACACCAACCCUGUGCUCGACACAGCGCUUCACUCGGCGGCGCUCGGCAAGUUUGUCGACCCGCUCGACCUCUCUAUCACGGUCGACCGUAAGCAACUGUACAAGAGGGCCACGGCCGGCGCCAAGCACGAAUGGGACGUGGAACUGGAAGUGGACGUGGCGCAUCUGCAAUCGCGGCACGCAUUGCUACGCGUGGACGCGAACAUGGACGAAGAGAAGCAUCACUUGCACAUACCCUGUUCGGCGUUGACGGCGGUGAUGGAAGGGGCUGGCGUAACGGUGGAUACGAUCUGCAACAUCUGCGCGAUUCACGCCCAAUUGCGUCAAAAAGGCGUCACAGAGCAGGGUAACGUGCUUGCAGAGGUGGCCAUCGUACUAGACGUGUCCCGCGACGGAUACGAUUCGCGUGCGGAUGUCCACGAGCUCACGCGCAGAGUGUACGGUAUAACUGACGCCUCGCGCGACGCAAAGUAG